GACACAUGCAGUCAGUGUGCUCUGGUGAUGGUGUCCUGUUACAGGCAGAAUGUUGAGCUGCCACUAUGAGAGAGAGAGAGAGAGAGAGAGAGCGAGAGAGAGCGAGAGCACCUGGAGCACUUAAGUUUGAAGGGCAUUGAGUUGACACAGAACACAGCUCCACAGUAACAAAACAUUCAAGCAGGUUAUACUUUGAAGUCACUCCAGCUGCUCUGAGUUAAAGCCUAGAAGAGUUUCCUCAUCAUACACUGGUUUACCACCUGCCUAAUUUGCAAUAAGUGAGUCCCAUUACUAGCAGGACUGCAGGAUGGCAGAAGCACAUCAGGCAGUUGCCUUCCAGUUCACGGUAACGCCAGAUGGAAUCGACUUCCACUUGAGCCGCGAGGCGCUUAAAAACAUUUACCUCUCUGGAAUAACCUCAUGGAGAAAACGCCUAAUCAGAUUUAAGAAUGGUGUUCUGACUGGGGUAUACCCAGCAAGCCCCUCAAGCUGGCUUAUUGUGGUCAUUGCUAUCAUGAGUACAAUGUAUGCAAGAAUAGACCCCUCCAUGGGAAUGAUUGAUUGCAUCAAAAAAACCCUGCCAGUGAAUGGCUAUCUGGCCGUUCAGACCCAGACUGUUCUGAGUGCCAUGCUGUUUGCUACAGGCUUAUGGGUGUCCCUAAUCCUGGUUCUCCGAUACAUUCUCAAAAUGCUGCUUUCUUACCAUGGCUGGAUGUUUGAGCCGCAUGGAAGAAUGAGUAGGACUACCAAGAUCUGGGCAACCCUUGUGAAGAUGUUUUCUGGACGCAGGCCCUUGCUGUACAGUUUCCAGGCCUCUCUGCCACGUCUGCCGGUGCCUGGAGUUGAUGACACCAUCAAGAGGUACCUAGAGUCAGUUCGCCCCCUAUUGGAUGAUGAGCAGUAUAACAGGAUGGAAAGUUUGGCAAAUGAGUUUAAAAAUGACCCAGCCCCCAAACUACAAAAAUACCUGAUCCUGAAAUCCUGGUGGGCAACUAACUAUGUGAGUGAUUGGUGGGAGGAGUAUAUUUACCUGAGAGGCCGGAGCCCUAUCAUGGUUAACAGCAACUUUUACGCCAUGGACCUUCUUUAUGUGACUCCAACUCACCGGCAAGCUGCCCGGGCCGGCAAUGCAGUCCAUGCCAUGUUGAUCUACCGUCGGAAAUUAGACCGUGAGGAACACAGUCCGAUGAGAGCAUUAGGCAUUGUUCCCAUGUGCUCCUAUCAGAUGGAAAGGAUGUUCAACACUACCAGGAUCCCAGGCAUUGAGACCGAUUUUAUUCAGCAUUUAAAGGACAGCAAGCACAUGGUGGUGUACCACAAGGGCCGCUUCUACAAGGUGUGGCUCCAUCACGGGGGCCGGCACCUCCAGCCCUACGAAUUGGAGAUGCAGUUCCAGAAGAUCCUGGAUGAUAAAACAGAGCCACAGCCUGGGGAACUCAAGCUGGCUGCACUGACCGCAGGUGAACGGAUUCCUUGGGCCAGAGCUCGUGUCAAGUUCUUUAGUCGGGGGAUUAACAAGGCGUCUCUUGACACCAUUGAGAAAGCAGCCAUAUUCAUGACUCUGGAUGAAGAGGAGCAAGGCUAUGACAAAGAGAAGCUAAGAUCCAUUGACUCCUAUGCAAAAUCUCUGUUACAUGGGAAAUGCUACAACAGGUGGUUUGAUAAGUCUUUUAACCUGAUUGCCUAUAAGAAUGGGAAGCUGGGAAUUAAUGCAGAGCAUUCCUGGGCUGAUGCACCAAUUGUUGGACACAUGUGGGAGUUUGUUUUAUCAACAGAUCAUUUUCAGUUGGGAUACACUGAAGAGGGACACAGCAAAGGAGAAAUGAACAAGAUGCUAUCCCCUCCAAGCAAGCUGCAGUGGGAUAUUCCACAAGAGUGCCAGGAUAUUACUGAGAGUUCUUACAAGAUGGCCAAAGUGAUUGCAGAUGACGUUGAUUUCCAUGGCUGUCUGUUUGAUGACUUUGGAAAAGGCCUGAUUAAAAAAUGCAGAACAAGUCCUGACGCCUUUAUACAGAUUGCUCUACAACUGGCACAUUUCAGGGACAAAGGAGAGUUCUGCCUGACAUAUGAAGCUUCAAUGACCCGUUUGUUCCGGGAAGGUCGAACAGAAACUGUGCGCUCCUGCACCAUUGAAUCAACAGCAUUUGUUCAUGCCAUGGAGAAUCCAGAUAAAACAAAUGAAGAGAAACUGGAGCUGUUCCACGUGGCUGCUGAGAAACAUCAGAACUUGUACCGACUGGCAAUGACUGGAGCGGGCAUUGAUCGGCACCUUUUCUGUCUCUAUGUUGUGUCCAAAUACCUGGGAAUCGACUCCCCAUUCCUUAAACAGGUGCUGUCUGAACCCUGGCGGCUGUCCACAAGCCAGACUCCUCAGCAGCAGCUCAACAUGAUUGAUUUGAAUAAAUAUCCUCAGUACAUCAGUGCUGGAGGAGGAUUUGGACCAGUAGCAGAUGAUGGAUAUGGUGUGUCGUAUAUCAUCGUAGGAGAAGAUUUAAUCACUUUCCAUAUUUCCAGCAAAUUCUCCAGUCCUGAAACUGACUCCUAUCGUUUUGGGCAGAACAUUCGUCAAGCGAUGCUGGAUAUCAAAGCUCUAUUCAACACUAAGAAAGAUAAGAAGAUCAUUUCCCCAUACAGCUCAGAACUGAAGGUUCAGUGGGCGCCCUUUGAUCCUACGACCAAGCCAGUUUCCUCUUCUACACAGAUGUCAGUGAGCUACCAGACUCUGGAGGACAAAGGCCAGCAGGUCUACUAAGCGCCUGGCCGGUAGGGUCUGCUGUAGUGCGAUGAGGAGAAAGUCCCUUCUGGUUUUGCCUCCCUAACCCUGAGGAGCGCCAGAGCCAAUGCGACGCUCCCUCCCGAUUCGGAAUCCCCAGUGAAGACCAGCCCGGACACAAACCUGCGCUUCGCUGACUAUGGCUCACCCUACACACCACGUAGCUGUGCUUUUACCAGGUGAGCCAAAAACAAACAUUUAAAGGACAGCAAACAUAGCAACUUAUCAGUUUUAAUAAUGCAUCAAUAAAUACCAUCUUUUGAGGUUAGGUGUGUGCAACAGCUGGUCAGUGUCACCAGAGAAUGCCUUACUGAAGAAAUUGUUACUUGUGUACCCACUGAAGAUUUAACCCCUUAAAAUUCCUUUAUUUAACCCAGGUGUCUUUGUUACAUUUUUUGUUUUAGAUUGGCAUGAUUUUUAUUUUUCUAAGAAUAUGAUUCAGAAACAUGCAUCUUACAGUAUUUGAAGACUGAUUCUUUCUUACUGAGCUUCAUGAGGGCUGGAAACUAGUAGUGGUCCAUCAGUGAUGAUGAUUGAGAGAUUUUAAAUGCUAACAUCUUAAAUGCAAACAGCCUUGAGGAUAGCCUUAAGUGUAAAAUAGUGUGAAAAAAAAAUGAU